AUGAACAUCUUCUUCUUCCUCCUCCUCCUCCUCCUCUUCGCCUUUACCGUCUCCGUCUCAUUUUCAUCAGAUCCCCUCCAUUACCAAACCUUCUUCAUCAAACCACUCCCCAAAUUACCCAAAUUCGAAACUCUAUCAUGGGACACCAAACAACUCUCCGAAUCCCUAUCCGAAUCCAACACCACACUCAUCAUCCUCCCCCUGCACAACAUCGACCACCUCUCCCUUGCCUCCAACUACACACGGGAGUCCCUCAUCUUGAAACGCCUUCAUCGAGAUGUCGUCCGUGCCCGAGCCAUGGCCUGCGGGAAACCCCGACAGUUUAGCAGCCCCGUAACCUCCGGCUUACCCCUGGACGAUGGCGGUUACGUUACCCGCCUCGGGGUCGGCACCCCGGCCACAAACUUCUACAUGUCCAUCGACACCGGUAGCGACCUCAGCUGGCUCCAGUGCCUCCCCUGUGACGGCUGCUACCACCAGCACGACCCCUUCUUCGACCCGAGUAAAUCCAAAUCCUUCGCAAGUGUCAACUGUAAGUCCACCCUCUGCAAACUCGCCAACCUAUGCGUCAAAGGCCACAACAAGUGCUCCUACGAGCAAGAGUACGGAGACGGAUCCACCACCGAAGGUGACUUGUCUACCGAGACGUUCACCUUUGGGGAGACCAAAGUGAAGCAAAUCGCCUUCGGCUGCAGCCAUAACAGCAAGGGCAUGUUUGGCGAGGUCGCCGGUAUACUGGGCCUCGGCCAGGGGGUAUUGUCCUUCACGACCCAGGCGGACAUACACGUGUUCUCCUACUGCCUUGUGGAUUGGGAGUCCAAAUCGGCGUCGUCGUAUUUGAUGUUUGGAAACUCGACGGUCUUCAGGAAAACGGUUUUCACGCCGCUGCUGACCAGUUCCGAUCCUAAUCUCGACACCUUUUACUUGGUCGAGUUGCAAGGGAUCUCCGUCAAUGGGACCAGGGUGGCGGGUAUCAAUCAGACGCUCUUCAAGUCCGGCGUGGUUGUGGACUCGGGCACGACCGUGACCCUGUUGCCCCAGCCCGCCUAUAAGGCGCUGAGGAAAGCAUUCAGGGCCGGGACUCGUCACCUGACGCGUGCCAAACAAAUGAGCAUCCUUGACACGUGUUACAAUUUAACGGGGAUGACCAAGGUGAAUGUGCCAACAGUGGUGCUGCACUUCCGAGGCGCCGACGUGUCCCUGACGGCCUCGAAUUGCCUGAUUCCAAUGGAAGAAACCGUAAGGGGCACCUUCUGUUUUGCGUUUGCGGCCACGCCUGAAGGUCUAGGCUUGUCCGUACUUGGUAAUAAUCAGCAAAAGGGCUUCCAAGUCAUGUUCGACCUGGCCAAUAAGAAAAUCGGCUUCACACCCAGUAGUUGUUGA